CUGCUGCCUCCAUGACGGAUCCUUUAGCCAUGCUGGACCCCACAGGGCAUUUCGCAAAAAGAAAGAAAACUUCUCUUUGGUUCACGGUCUCUCUGCUGGUAGUGUCUGUUUUCAUACUGACCAUAGGCCUUGCAGCUACCACAAGGACUGAAAAUGUAACCGUGGGAGGAUAUUACCCAGGAAUAAUUCUUGGGUUUGGAUCCUUCCUAGGGAUUAUUGGUAUCCAUCUGGUAGAGAACCGGAAACAAAUGUUGAUAGCAUCCAUCGUGUUUAUCAGCUUUGGAGUAGUAGCAGCUUUCUGUUGUGCAAUUGUUGACGGUGUGUUUGCAGCACGACAUAUAGAACCUAGGCCUUUAUAUACUAAAAGGUGCCAGUAUUAUUCAAGUGGAGUAGGAUUCUUAUAUGAUGCCUACCAGACAGAGGUGACAUGUUACACCUUAAACAGCAAGUGUCAGAUGAAAGUAAGGAGUAAUACAUGCUACUGCUGCGAUUUAUACAACUGUGAAAACUCAGAACACUCUACCAGCUAUUAUGAGUUCCUUGGCGUGAACAGCUGUCAGGAUGUGGUUCACUUGUACCGGCUGCUCUGGUCCUCCACUGUCUUGAACAUCAUUGGAUUGUUUCUUGGCAUCGUCACAGCAGCCAUACUUGGGGCAUUUAAAGAUGUGGUUCCUAUCUCCCAAAUUGCCUUCAGCUCUGCUCCUCCACCGCAGAUUCUUUACAAUCCAGCUCAGCAGAUUUUAACAUAUGCUGGAUUUUGUCCUUCUGCAGCAGCCGUUCCUCAUUAUUCAUCCUAUCACUUACCACUUCAGCCUACCAGCAAUUUCCCGACAUCAUCAUCUACUGAUAUAUCGUUAUCUGAUGACACCCAGCCGCCAUCUCAGACCAGUUCCAACUAUGGCCUUCCUCCCAAUGCCCCUCCGUUAUACACACCAGCGUAUUUUCUGUCAGGUGAAAAGCCUCCACCAUACAUACCCUAGCCAAGAGGUGAUUAUCAACAGGUAGUAAGUUUAAAAAGCAAAACAAUAACAUUGGCAAAAAUGUGUGCUGCCCAGGCUAAUAGAAUUUCAAGACUCUCAUUUUGUGUGACAUGGUAUUUAUCCACUUUUAAGUCCAAGUAAUUGUAACCAGGAAAGUGAAUGAAAAAUGGGCAAGGACAUCUGUUAGAGCAAUCAGUCAAAUAAUGCAUGUAGUCAGAUUCAACUACUGUUACAGCUACUGUGCUUCCCUACCCCAUCAACAAGCACAAAGCAGAUAUUAAUUUUUCAGCAGGGCAGAGAGAGUAAUGGCUGUAUUCAAAUGUAAC